GUAACCUCUUACUUAUUCAAUAAUUAGGUGAAACAGUUUUAAAAGAGCUGUUGAGAAAACUUUGUAUCCGGUCGAGUUUCUUGAGAACGGACGAAAUUAGAAAGUUCUCGAAGAUUCUGUUGCCGCGAAGAAGAGGACGAGGUGUCGGACUGCGUCGGGGGAGUGAAAGUGACGUCACCGCGAGUUGAACAAAAUGGUGACCAAAGAGAAAUCUCGAGAGGUCAACGCCUGUAAGCAGAGUCAUACGGAGCAAUUGGCGAAUUGGAUCAGCCGAGUUCGUUGUAAAAAGCUGAUGUGUCGCCGAAAUCGGAAACGUAAUCUGCGCGUCGAGGCGGUGCUGACUUGUGCUCUAUCCAAGGCGGAACACGAGCUGCGCAGCAAGCAAUUAUCCAGGAUCUCAAAAUGGCAGCAGUUGAAAAAACAGUUGCUGAACAACCCGAACUACUCGAAUUUCGUCGAGUUGUACGGCGAUGAGGACGUAAAAAACUGGACGUCCCAUCGAGAGAAGGAUCUGUGGCAAGGCCCCUUGUGUCCGGAACUGAGCAGCUUGGACAACUUCAUGUCGCAGUUGGGCGAAGUGAAAGUACCACUCCAGCGAUGAAGAGACCUACACUGAUCAAGCGAUCAGGCUUGAAAAGCCUGAGAGCGCCACUGGAUUCAACUUACAAAGAGAUUCGAAGAAGGCAGUAAAACUCGGUUAACGUUGAAAACGUUGACGUCACAUAACUGCAGCUAAAUGGAAACUCGAACCUCGUUCUAUGCGGCACGCGUUAAAUCGCGGGGAUAAACGUCAUCCAUCACUAUCCUGGUGUAUAUCUGGAUGUUUUUUAC